AUGGCCCGGUAUCGGUCACUCGCUUCAGCGCUAUCCAUUUUCGGGGCUAGUCGAUUCGGCAGCAUUGAGCACGGUGUACAACACUGCUUAUCCAGCAUGGAUUCCGGCUUAGAGGCGUUCAGCCGUAAUCCAGCAGAUGGUAGCUUCGCCGUACUGUCUUUUCAGACAACGGCAUUAACCAAGUAUCUGGACGAAGUGUUCCUCUC